GGCUACCACCAAGCAACAUCUCCCCCAACCUCGCAGCAGACUGGCCGGACACCAUGCAGAUAGUGCGCCUCGUGUCACAGGAGUGCAUGAACAACAAGGAGCUAGCAGGGAAGGCGGAGCUGCUAGUAUUCCGCCCCAUGUCAUCACACGUGUUCCUGCAGCAGAUGGCUGAGAAGAAACUCUGCACCGUCAUUCAGCUGCCGUCUCAAACCCUACUCCUCGGCACCGUACCGGACCGCUCCAGCCGCCUUGUUGGCAUGCUCUUUCCCAAG